UAUGUUAGGCACUGUUACAUGCAUUUCAUUUUCAUUAUCUCAUUUAAUCCUCAAAAUAGUCCCACAUUUUAGAUUUAGAGAGGUUAAGUUACUUGUUUAAGUCAGACAGUAAGUGGUAGAGCUAAGCUUCAAACCUGAGUCUGCCUAACACCAAAGCUUGAGCUCUGGCCUCUAUGCUGCUCAUUCACCACUCAGCCAGUGAACCCUCAUGACUGCGUGAGAAGAGAAACCUCGCUGGGAGGGUAGACGACGGCCCCCCAAAAGAUACUCACAUCCUCAUCUCUGGAACCUGUGAAUGUUCCUUUUUAUGGUGAACAAGGACUUUGCACAUGUGAUUAAGAACCUCAAGAUGGGAAGAUUAUCUUGGAUUAUCCAGGUGAGACCUAAAUACAGUCACAUAUAUCAUCGUGCAAGGGAGGCAUGGGGUCUGACACGUGCAGAAGGACCGGGAACGCAGUGUGAUCGUGGGAGCCGAGUGCAGUGAGCGACCAGAAGCCAAGAAAUGCCAGCUGCUACCAGAAGCUAGGAAGGGAAGGAAUGAUUUUCUCCUGGAGCCUCUGGAGAAAGCAUAGCCCUGCUGACACCUUGGUUUGGCCCAGUGAUAUUAGUUUCAGACUUCUGGCCUCCAGAACUGCGAGAGAAUAAGUUUCUGUUGUUUUAAGCCAUUAAGUUCGUGGUAACUUUUUAUGGCAAUCACAGGUGACUUUGUGACCUCUCUGGGCCAGUUUCCUUAUGUAAAUGAGAAUUAAUGGUAAUACUUAGAAUUUAAAAAAUGUACAGUGCUAGCUUUUAGCUUGCACAAGGUGAAUGCUUGACAGAACUAUUACCACUUUUAGGAUCUGAUCGGAAGACAUUUGUGGUGCUUUGGCAGUACACAAGAAAGAGGGGCAGUUAACCCAGCCUCUGGUUCAUAAACGCACCCGACCAUCCAGUAAGGUUAAUGAAGAAGUUAAAAUUGAUUUAAUUGAUUUUUAAGCCAAAUGACAGAGUUCACACACACAAAAAAAUCUCCACCCCUAAUUUCUAAGAGUGACUGCAAUCAUCAGAGAAACUCUUUUCAGGUGAUAACUCUUAUUACCUGGUGGAUGCCCCAGUGACUUUCUUAUUUUUCUAGAGGUGAUUCUGAAUGGUCAUUCCAGGACACGUUAAUUAAUGGACCAUAAAAAUAAACACUGCAACUGGAGACUGGAAGUGUAAAUUCGCUUGCCUAUCAGGAAUGUAAUCUGUGACCACGACACUUUGUCCAUAGAAAUGAACAGAGGGAGGGCUGGACUGGACUGGGGACCUGGUUCCCAGGCAUGUAAGGAUUAUUUCUCUCUGAGGGCUGGACAGGAGCCGGGCCAGAGAGUUUGCCUUUGAGCUGUUCCCGUGUGUUCAUCCAGCUCCCAGAGAGAUGUCAUUGCCUUCAUUAUGGGUUGCUCUGGGCCAGUGAUGGAGGAGUUAGCAGGGUGGCCUGGAGUGGCUCUCUGCAGGCUGGUGCCAGCUGACACAUGCCACUUAGGUUUCCAAGGAGCCAAGCUGUCCCCACUCACGCAUGGCUGAUGCACUUGUGGCUAAAUGCGGUGCCGCCAGGGCCCCAGGCCAGAUUCAGGGCAGGAAAUAGAAUGCCACCUCCAUCACCAGGGAAACAAUGGUCUGCGUGCAUGAUUUAAACCUGGGCCAACAAGAAAGCUCAAAGGCACGGUCAGCAGAGGAAGGGAGACCAUAGAGUGGCUUGCAUGGAUUUUGUCUUGGGCUAUGACUGUUGACAAGCCACUUAACUGCCCGCAUGUUUAGGUUUAUCUGCAUGUAAGAUGGAGGGAACAAUACGCAUCUCACAGGGGACUUAUGAAAACAACAUUUCUGAUAGACCACUCGGGAUCCAUGGAAGGAAGGUGAACAAAGAGCGAGUGGAAGAGAAAGAAGCAAAACCAAAGCACACGCUGAGCACCAGAGGUGUACAAGCUGAGCUCAGGGGCCCUUGGGAAGAGAGCCAGAAGGCGGACCUGCCAGAAGGGACAGGAUCUGACCUUCCUACCCAGGCAGAGGCCCCACCAGAGCAGAGAGACGGAAUUUCUGGCCCAACUCAGGUGCGCCCAGAGGUGGAAGUCCAAGCUCCUAGAGCAUCCAGCGAGAACCCCGGGAUUGGCCUGGAACUGUCUGUGGUGUCUGAAAGGGUCAGUGAGGCUCCCACUGGGCAGGAGGCUGCAUCGAGUGCAGCACGAGGAACAUCACCCAGUAGGCCUGACCCUCGGCCCUCGGUGGAGGGCAUGAGGCUGACUCCAGCACCGCCAGCUCAGGCCAAGGCAGCUCACUGUGGUGGAGAAACACCUCCAAGGAUCUCCAUCCAUGUGCAGGAGACAGAUACCCCUGGGGAGCUGCUUGUGACACGAGGGGGCAGCCUCAGAACCUCACCCCCUGCUGAGACUCCAGCAGCUGUGCCUCCAGGUGAGCAGGACCCACCUGGGCCCAGGUGCUGCCCCCAGGUCCCUGGAACUGAGUCAGGAAAACCUAUCCUCAGAGGAGCCAGUGUGAGAAAGUGGAGCUGUGACGGGGGAGCAAAGGCCAAAGAGAAGCAAGGACCUGGGUCUGAGCUGACCAUGGCGCCAAGCAGGGCCAGGAGGGACAAGGGAGUUGAUUCCGGGGCCCCAGGCCCACAGCAGGACACAAACCCAGAAGCAGGGAACCCUGACCCUGGGAAGGACUGCACGGCUGAGGGUGCAGGCAGAGCCGAAGCAGGAAGCAGGACACCCCCAGGAGCUGAGGCGGGCAGCCUGGUUCUAGACGACAGUCCAGCCCCGCCAGCCCCUUUCGAGCACCGGGUAGUGAGUGUCAGGGAGACCUCGACCUCAGCGGGCUACACAGUGUGCCAGCAUGAAGUCCUGGGAGGGGGCCGGUUUGGCCAGGUUCACAGAUGCACGGAGAAGGCCACAGGCCUCUCGCUGGCGGCCAAGAUCAUCAAAGUGAAGAGCGCCAAGGACCGGGAGGAUGUCAAGAAUGAGAUUAACAUCAUGAACCAGCUCAGCCACGUGAACCUGAUCCAGCUCUACGACGCCUUUGAGAGCAAGAACAGCUUUACCCUCGUCAUGGAGUAUGUGGAUGGGGGUGAGCUCUUUGACCGGAUCACAGAAGAGAAGUACCGCCUGACUGAACUGGAUGUGGUCUUGUUCACCAAGCAGAUCUGCGAGGGUGUCCAUUACCUCCAUCAGCAUUACGUCCUGCACUUGGACCUCAAGCCUGAGAACAUACUGUGUGUCAAUCAGACAGGACACCAAAUUAAGAUCAUUGACUUUGGGCUGGCCAGAAGAUACAAGCCUCGGGAGAAGCUGAAAGUUAACUUUGGCACUCCUGAGUUCCUGGCCCCAGAAGUCGUCAAUUAUGAGUUUGUCUCGUUCCCGACGGACAUGUGGAGUGUGGGAGUCAUCACCUACAUGCUACUCAGUGGUUUGUCCCCAUUUCUAGGAGAAACAGACGCAGAGACCAUGAAUUUCAUUGUGAACUGCAACUGGGAUUUUGAUGCUGAUACCUUUGAAGGGCUGUCAGAGGAGGCCAAGGACUUUGUCUCUCGGUUGCUGGUCAAAGAGAAAAGCUGCAGAAUGAGUGCCACACAGUGCCUGAAACAUGAGUGGCUGAAUAAUUUGCCUGCUAAAGCUUCAAAAUCGAAAGUUCAUCUCAAAUCCCAACUAUUGCUGCAGAAAUACAUGGCUCAGAGGAAAUGGAAGAAACACUUCUAUGUGGUGACUGCUGCCAACAGGUUAAGGAAAUUUCCAACUUGUCCCUAAUCCUCAACUCUGCUGCUCCCAUGGGCCUGGAAAUUACUGGGACUGGUGGUGACAUCAUGACUGAAGAUUCUUAAUAAUCUGGCUUUCUACUUAUUUUGUUUCAAAAAGGUUAUGACUGUUGCCUUCCUUGUGGAUGAAAAGUGGCUAUAAGAAAGUGACCUAAGAAUUUUUUCUGGUUUGUAAGAUCACUGAGUUGAAAUGACGUGGUUUCUUUUCAAGUGUACCUACUUUGGGUGAUAAGUAUAGGCAUGCUUUAAGUAGUAGGUAGGAAAACUCCUACUUUGCAUAUGUCAACUUUAAAGUCAGCUUACUUUGAUUAAAGAACCCAGUGGACUAUCACACAGGGCAUGUCAGUGUUACCUCCUCCAGUGCAAAGAAUUCCGAGCAUUUUGAUUUGCUCCAAAGUGAGCUGACAUUUUGUACUACCUUUGUUGCUCUAGUGUGAAGCAAUGUAGAUUUAGGGCAGAGAUCCUCAAACUUGUUUUAGCUUGUACUCCCUUUCGAGAAUCAAAACAUGCAGACCUCUGCCCUCUCCUAAUUCUGCCCUGUCCUGACACUGGCAGUCUCCAUCCUGACCUGUCUUUCUCAGUUAUGAAUCUAUGGUCUAGUAAGUCUGGGAACUGAUAUGUAAUAUGUGAAAAGAGAAUGCAGUGGUGUUCAGCUUUCUGAGAGAAAUAUGGAAACGAUGGAUCGUGAGAAAUCAAAUGAAAACUGCUCUCCUCCUGCUUUAUGGGGAUAGAACCGUCACUUAACUAACUUCACGAAAUGAGUAACAAGGAAUGCUUUAUUAUUCAAAAGUAAAUAUUCCUUUUAAUUUCCUCACUGCUAACUUGAUUUUCAUGGUAUUCCCCAUUACUGUCUUGGGUCAGCAGUUUUUACUUUUAGUUUUUAAUUAGCCAUGCAACAGUUUCACACUUUUUGUCCCAUAAUACUUUUUUUUUUUUUUAAGUACAGGACAUGGGUGUGGGGAGAGGGGCAGAAGAUGAAGAGAUUAAUCCUCCUGAUGCAUUUCUUUGGUUAUAAUGUUCCUCUGGAACACUAAUGCCUGUUGGGAAGCUAAGAUUUUCAGUACCGGCAUACCUCGGCCUGCUGCAAGCUGACUGGCUAGUGGGUGAAUAUCAGAAGAGAUGGCUGCUGGAUCUCUCUUUCAUGGGCCAGUAACAGUGGCUUAGUAAAAUGCUUUAAGGUGUUUUGAAAGCAGCCUCAGAAAGAGCUAGAGGAUAUCUAUAGUUCUAUCUAUAGUAUGGUUAUUCUUCCCCUCCACAGGACUUCACAUUGGCGGGGAAUGCUAUGAAUCUUCUCCCCAGAAAAAUGGAGUCUCCCCAGUUAGUUAUUCUAAUCUAGAACACCACUGCCUAACAGAAAUAUAUGAGUCAAAUACAUAAUUUUAAAAUGUCUGAUAGCUUCUCUUUAAAAAAAAAUCUGGUAAAAUUAAUUUCAAUAAUUUAUUUAGCAUAAUAUAUCAAACAUUUCAAUAUCUAAUCAUUAUAAAAAAUUGUUCAUAAGCUAUUUUAUAUUCUUUUUUUAUACUAAGUCUCUAAAAUCUGGUGUGUAUUUUAUACUUAAAAUAUACAUCAGUUUAGAUUCUAGGUUUUUAUCAGACAUAAUUUGUAUUUAGAUUUCAUAAAAUUUACUGUGGAAAAAUAUAUUCACAUGCUCAAGUUAUUCAAAGCAUCUUAAAUAUUUUCUAGUAUUUUUACAUUUAAUAAAAAUUAGGAAUUAGGAAUUCCGUUUUACAGUUGCAUUAACCACAUUAUAAGUGCAUUUAGCCACAUAUGGUUUGUGGCUUCUAUAUGACAGGACAGAUCCAGGGAAAAUCUAAUAGUUAUCAAAUUUCAAUUUUCCCUCAUAUGCUGUAAUUCUCUACCUAAAGAAACAACUUUUCUCCAAAGUCCCUUUGAGGGAUUUGUUUAGGCCAGACCCACACAAGUGAAAGUUACUGCAGAAGUUAGCCUCUCUUAUUUGAAAUGUGAAGCUUUAAUUUUCUGGAUAUAUUAUUUAAAAUUUUUUGGAUAUUUUUAGUUGUUGGUAUGUACUUAACUCAAAAAUUUUUUAGACUGAUGCUUUGCUAGUAUUAACUAUUUCUAAUGGGACUUUUUAAUCUGAACGAACAGUCAUUAAAAACUUCUGAGAGAUCCAAUAUAAAAUAAAAUUUUUUAAAAAGAAAGAAAACUGCUCGGCAGAGGAAAUCUGAAAGGUCGUCAUGACCCACAUUUUAUCUAUCAGAUUUAGUGGGUGUGUGGGCAAAACAGAAUUUUUCACUCUUGAUGAAUAUGUAUCCAAUCCAAAUAAAAGUGAUGCCCACACUUUCACCCAGAAAUUCCGUUUCUAGAAAUUUAUCCCUCAGCCAUAUUUGAACUAGUGGGCAGAGGUGUAUGCAAGAUGACAUUUACUGUAGCAAAGUGGCCCAAUGAACACAACCUACAUGUGAUUAUCAGUAUAAAUUUAAAUUUUGCCACAUACGUAUAGGAGGUUGCCUUGUAGCUGGUAAAGAUAGAUCUUGAUGUACUGAUUUUUGUUAUGAAAAAAUUAUGGAACGUAUAUAUGGUAUUAUCCUAUUUGUGAAGUUAUGUUUAUAUAUGUGUUAAAAUUUUCUAGGUUAUGCAAGAAACUUAACAGUGGAACGUGGAAAUUGGGUGAUGGGGAGAGAGGGAAUUUUACUUGUCACGUUAUUUCUGAAUUAUUUGAAUUUUUUAACAAUAAGCAUGUAUUGCUUUUAUAAUUAAAAAUUAGCCACCUCUUGUCAAGUGUGGACCCUGUCUUGACCCUGAUUUGAGCAAAUAAACAAUAAAGAUAUUUCAGAGACAUUUAGGGAAAUUUAAUUCUAAAUUGUAUAUUUGAUGACAGAAUUUCUAUAUGUGUUAAUAUUGUGAAGUAUGAUAACAGUAAUGUGUUUAUAAUGUAGAUUAAAUGACUUCAGGAAAAAGGGAGAUAUAGUGAAGCAAGUGUGGCAAAAUCUUAACUGUUGGGUUUGAGUAGUCAGUAUGGGCUAUCAGUGUAUUUUCCUCUAGUAAAGGGACAUACAUUUGUUGUAUACAUUUGAAAACUUUCAUGAUAAAGCAUUUUUUAAUCAGUUAAAUAAGCCAAGAGGAGCUGUUAAAGAAAUGAGCUUCCAAAAAUCUUUACAACAGCACUGG